AUGGGAAAGGAACCAAGGUACCAGGGCCAACACCAUUCUGGGGCAACCCAGCUGGGUCCAGAUAACGAUGCAGAUUCUGAGAGGGCCUUAUCCCGCCAUCAGCCACGGCCUCUCAACAGCACCAGAAUGGAAGUCAAAGGUCAGCUGAUCAGCUCUCCCACCUUCAAUGCCCCAGCUGCCCUUUUUGGAGAGGCUACCCCCCCGGUGAAGUCAGAGCGUCUGCAGGGGCUGCUCAACUGGCAGCGGGCCCUGCAGGAAGCCCUGAGCCUGAAACUUCAGGAGCUCCGCAAGGUGUAUCUCCAGCAGGCGGAGCUGACUGGCCAGCUGCCCCCCGAGUGCCCACUGGAGCCUGGUGAACAGCCCCAGUUGGUCCGACGAUGGCCCCCUGCAGCCUGCGCCUACCCUCCACUGCACCCCAACCCAGCGCACCGCUCCCUGUGCCCUGCUGAGGAGCUAGCUCUUGAGACCCUGGAGCGUGAGGUGUCCGUGCAGCAGCAGAUCGCAGCAGCUGCCCGCCGCCUGGCCCUAGCCCCAGAGCUGAGCACUGAGCAGCACCGGCACUGGCACCAGGUCCAGGCAGAUGCAUUACAGAGGCUGUACGAGCUGGUGGAGCAGCUCGUGGAUGUCCGGGCCCGCAUGGGACUCCCGGUGGUCCUGCCACCCCAGCCACUGCUGCUGUCCACGGGGGCAGUUGUCACCACACAGGGAGUCUGCCUGGGCACGCGCCUCACUCAGCUCAGCCAAGAGGAUGUAGUUCUGCACUCAGAGAGCAGCUCCCUUUCAGAGUCGGGGGCCAGCUAUGAUAAUGAGGAACCCCGUGGCUGCUUCCCUCUGGCUGAGCGCCCCUCACCAUCCAAGGCCUGGGACCAGCUGCAGGCAGUAUCUGGGGGCAGCCCUGAGUGGCGAGCCCCAUGGAAACCACCCCCGUCAGAUCUUUACGGGGACCUAAAGAGCCAGUGGAACUCUGUGGCCAGCCCCACCAGCCCCACAAGCUCGCUGCCCAGGAGUGCCUCCAGUUUUGAGGGGCGAAGUGUGCCUGCCACCCCUGUCCUCACCUGGGGCGCCGGCCCCCAGCUCUGCAAACCUGAAGGCCUCCAUUCUCACCAGUGGUCCGGCAGCCAGGACUCCCAGGUGGGCUUCCCCCGCGCUGACCCUGCCUCUGACCGUGCCUCCCUCUUCACAGCUCGCACCCGGUGCAGCAACAGCUCCAAGGCCCUGUUGGUGGACCGGGCAGCUGGCAGGGGAGCUGGCUCCCCACCUGCCCCUUGCCUCCCCCCCCCCGCCACUAGCCCCCCAGUCUGCAAGAGCAGUGAGGUGCUGUAUGAGCAGCCCCAACCAGCCCCUGCCUUCUCCUCCCGCACGGCUGGUCCCCCAGACCCUCCCCAGGCCACCCGACCUAGCUCAGCUGCCCCUGCCUCACACGCCCCCCCCCCCCCCCGGCUCCCACCUGUGUGUGGGGACUUUCUCUUGGACUAUUCCCUGGACCGGGGCCUGCCCCAUGGUGGCAGUAGGGCAGGCUGGGGGGAGCUGCUGCCUGCAGCUGAGGUCCCAGGACCCCUCUCCCGCCGGGAUGGGCUCCUGGCCAUUCUCCCAGGCUCACCACCCGUGUAUGCAGCUGAGGGCAGCAGCCCCCUCCUUCACAAGGAUCCCCACGCCCGUGCCACCCGCAGCAAGCCCUGUGGCCUUCCCCUAGAGGCCGCUGAGGGUCCGGAGGUGCAUGCAACCCCUCUGCUGUGGAUGCCCCCACUCGCCCGUAUCCCCCCGGCUGGUGAGCGCAGCGGCCACAAGAACCUUGCCCUGGAGGGGCUACGGGACUGGUACAUCCGGAACUCGAGACUGGCCGCGGGGCCCCAGCGCCGGCCCGUUAUCCUCUACACGGACCCGCCACACCCACCCUUCCUCCAAGCUCGCUGCUACGAGGUGGGCCAGGAGCUCUACAGAGUCCCCAGCCAGGCGCCGCUCCCGCACUCCAGGAGUUUCACGGCUGCCCGCAUCUCCCCCCCUCACUUACCCGGCCAGAGCGAGACCCAAGCCGAAACAGAGCAAGUAGUUGGUUUGGUAGUAGAGGAGGUUGUUGUUGACUCGGUGGCACCAUCGCUGCGGGUCGCAUGGAUCCGGGGCUGCCAGACGCGCGGAGCCCAGAACGAAGUCGUCCAGGGCGCGUAG